GGAAAUAUGAGAAUUAGCCUAAUUUACUGGAAGGCAUGAAAAUUAGACAAUGUUUGCAUAACAGACAGUGAAUGUUGUAUUCGUAUCAACAACGACUGUGAAAUUCACGCAGAAAUUCAAACGGGUCGCUUCAGCCGCGAGGCUUGUAUUAUCACCGAUAACAAUGCCAAAUAUCAAAGUGUUUUCUGGUAGCUCCAACCAGGAUUUGGCUCAAAAAAUAGCUGACCGUAUUGGUUGUCGAUUAGGAAAAGUAACUUCCAAAAAAUUCAGCAAUCAGGAGACAAGUGUCGAGGUUGGAGAAUCAGUACGUGGAGAGGAUGUAUAUAUCAUACAGACUGGCGGCGGAGAAGUUAAUGACAAUCUAAUGGAACUGCUUAUAAUGAUAAAUGCCUGUAAAAUCGCUUCUAGCUGUAGAGUUUCAGCAGUUAUCCCGUGUUUUCCGUAUGCCAGACAAGACAAAAAGGAUAAAUCACGUGCUCCAAUCUCUGCUAAAUUAGUUGCUAACAUGCUGUCAGUUGCUGGAGCUGAUCACAUAAUCACAAUGGAUUUACAUGCUAGUCAAAUUCAAGGCUUUUUUGAUAUUCCAGUGGAUAAUUUAUACGCAGAACCAGCAGUUAUAAAGUGGAUUAAAACAAAUAUACCAGAAUGGAAAGAUUGUUGUAUUGUUAGCCCAGAUGCUGGUGGUGCUAAAAGGGUGACUUCAAUUGCCGAUCAGUUGAAUGUUGACUUUGCACUUAUUCAUAAGGAAAGAAAACGAGCCAAUGAAGUAGAUCGUAUGGUCCUUGUCGGUGAUGUAAGCAAUCGUGUAGCCAUACUUGUUGAUGAUAUGGCAGAUACUUGUGGAACAAUAUGCACUGCAGCAGACAAAUUAAUUGAAGCUGGUGCGGAACGAGUUUAUGCAAUAUGCACGCAUGGUAUAUUCUCUGGUCCAGCGUUGGAUCGAAUUAAUAAGUCAGCUUUUGAAGCUGUUGUUGUAACAAACACGCUACCACAAGAAGAAAAUAUGCGUAAAGCACCUAAAAUACAAUGUAUCGAUGUAAGCACAAUGCUGGCUGAAGCGAUCCGUCGAACACACAACGGUGAAUCUGUCUCCUAUCUAUUCAAUCAUGUCCCAUUAUAAAGAACAAAACUAAACAAAACGACAUCUUAUAACUAUAAUUCUGCACAGAUUUAAUUCCAUUUUUUCAAUGUACUAAUUCAACCAUUUUAUAUAAUAAUACUAAUAAUAAUAAUAUUAAAAUUAAUACAAUAAUAACAUCUCUUGUUCAUAAAAAGACAUCGAUUCAAAUAAUUAUUCUUCUAACUGUUAUCUCAAAAUUCCCCCCCCCCCCAUUUAGUCCAUCUUCCUUGGUGUGUGUGUGUUUUAUGCCCACCAACACGAUGAGUUCCUUUUGUUUCAGUGUGUAUGUAUGUAUGUAUGCAUGAAUGAAUGAAUGAACGCGUGUCUUUGAAGAAUACCUUUCAAAACUUUGUUGUCUCUGUCUUCAUCUCUUUUUCCAUAAAUUUGUCAUUCGUGUCAUUCAUUCAGUGUGAAUCUCCAAAUAUCUAAUGAAAAUUAAAUUAAUAUAAGCGAAAUUUCCACAGUAUACCCUACCCCCACCCCUACUACAGUGUGACAGAGUUUUGUUAUAAGUCGCCGCCACCGCUGACGUCGACGAUGAAUGAUUUCAUUGGCAAUCAUUGGUUAGAAAGAAUGUUUCUUCUCCUUCUUCUUCUUCUUCACAUCUUCAAUCAAGUUCUAUAUGUCUAUUAGAGUCGAUAAACUAUCCUUUUUUUCUUAGUUUGUUAUUAUUAUCAUCAUGAUUUUCUUGUUCUGUCGUCGUCGUUAUUGUUGUUUUUUUUAAAGGAAAGAAAUUGUUUACAACUCUGGUGUUAUUUUGUUUUGAUUUAUUUAUUUUAAAAAAAUUUUUAUUUAUGCUUCA